UUCCAUUCCAACUCCAACAUCGAUCAAGAGAUAGCGCCAGCGUACCUUCUGCAUUCUCCCCUACCUCUUCUCGCCGCCCUCAGCGCUCCUCUUACUAAGGUAUGGAAACUGCUGUGGCUCCCGCUAUAGAAACUGUUCGAGACUAUGAUGUUAAGCUAUUCAACCGGUGGGACUUCGACGUCGAGGUCACUGACAUGUCUCUGGUAGACUACAUUGGAGUACAAGCAACCAAGCAUGCAACUUAUGUGCCACACACGGCUGGGAGAUACUCAGUCAAGCGUUUCAGGAAGGCCCAAUGCCCAAUUGUUGAGAGGCUUACCAACUCUCUUAUGAUGCAUGGCCGAAACAAUGGGAAGAAGCUGAUGGCAGUGCGGAUUGUAAGGCAUGCCAUGGAAAUUAUUAGUCUAUUGACUGAUCAGAACCCAAUUCAAGUUAUUGUUGAUGCUGUUAUCAACAGUGGACCCCGUGAGGAUGCUACUCGUAUUGGUUCUGCUGGUGUUGUGAGGCGUCAGGCUGUUGAUAUUUCUCCUUUACGACGAGUGAACCAGGCUCUCUAUCUCCUGACUACUGGUGCUCGUGAAUCUGCCUUCAGGAAUGUCAAAACCAUUGCUGAAUGUUUGGCUGAUGAACUCAUUAAUGCUGCAAAGGGUUCAUCUAACAGCUAUGCCAUUAAGAAGAAGGACGAAAUUGAAAGAGUUGCCAAGGCGAACCGUUGAGGAGUUGUUAGAGAUAUCUCAAUGGCACUUAGAAGAAUUUGUGGUUUUUAGAAGUCAAGAAGUUUCCAGUUUUGUUUAGAAAGAAAUCAUGUGAAUUAUUUUCUUAUUUGCAGUGAAGAGUUAUUACCUUUUUAUUUUCUUAUCUAAGAAUGAAAUUUGCAUAAUUGCAUUAGAUGUGGCUG